GGUUACAAAAAAUGUAUAUAUUUAUACUUUGCUUUACUGAACUAAAGUGGCUGGCAUGUUGUUUUUUGCUCUCACUUUUUUACCACCCAAAAACCUGUGUGUUUCCUUUUUCUUUUUCUUGUUUUUUGAAAGACUCUGACAUAAAGCUGUUUGAAACUUUGAGUGAGUGAGUGUAAGUUUCUGUAAAAUGAAGCAGCAAAGCAUGAAGAAUUGUACCACUUUCCAAUGAUUCAAAUAAAUUUGUGUUCUUUUGUGUUGUAAAAACAAAGAAGUAUUUCAUUUUUCCACUUUGGUUAGUUGUUUCUUGAAGUUUUUGUGAGCAAUGGAAACAAGAAGAAUAAUGAAUGGUGUUUUUGGUUUUGUGUUGUUGUUGCUGUUGAGUUUCUUGGUUUGUUCAACUGCUUUGCUUACCCCUGGUGGUGUUAAUUAUGAAGUGCUAGCUUUAAUGGAGAUUAAGAACUCAUUACAUGAUCCACAUGGUGUUUUGAAUUGGGAUGAAAGUUCUGUUGAUCCAUGUAGCUGGAAUAUGAUCACUUGUUCAAGUGAUAAAUAUGUCACUGCCUUGGGUAGUCCAAGCCAAAGUUUGUCUGGGAAAAUAUCACCAUACAUCCACAACUUGACUCAUUUGGAGCAACUGCUUCUACAGAGCAAUAAUAUAACAGGACCAAUUCCAACUGAACUUGGAAUGCUUCAGAAACUUAAAACAAUUGAUCUCUCUGAUAAUCAUCUCACCGGGAACAUCCCUCCGUCUUUAGUUCAAUUGAAAAACCUCGAAUUCUUGAAACUAAACAACAACAGUCUUAGUGGAGCUGUUCCUUUGGAAUUGUCUAAUAUGACUCAACUAACUAAUUUAGACUUGUCUUUUAACAAUCUGAGUGGUCCUGUGCCGAGGCUUAUGGCUAAAACAUUCAACCUUUUGGGAAAUCCUAUUAUAUGUGCAACUGGGAAAGAACCAGAAUGCAACGGGACAACAACAUCUAUGCCUCUGCCCUUCACUUUGAACAACUCACAAAAUGCUCAGCCUUUUGGAAGAUCUAAAACUCACAAAAUUGCCUUAGCCUUUGGUACAAGUCUUGGAUGUAUCUGCCUACUAAUUGUUGGCUUUGGCUUCUUUCUGUGGUGGAGACAGAAGCACAACAAGCAAAUUUUCUUUGACAUCAACGAACAACAUCACGAACAAGUGUGCUUGGGAAACUUGAGGAGGUUCCAAUUUAGGGAACUUCAAGCUGCCACAAACAACUUCAGCAACAAGAACAUACUGGGAAAAGGGGGUUUUGGGAACGUCUACAAAGGUUGUCUUAGUGACGGCACAAUUGUUGCAGUGAAAAGGCUUAAAGAUGGGAAUGCAAUCGGAGGAGACAAGCAAUUCCAAACAGAAGUUGAAAUGAUCAGCUUGGCCGUUCAUCGCAAUCUCCUCCGCCUGUAUGGGUUCUCCAUGACACCAACUGAAAGGCUUCUGGUUUACCCUUACAUGUCUAAUGGGAGCGUUGCUUCUCGUCUCAAAGCCAAGCCACCAUUGGAUUGGAGUACAAGAAAAAGUAUUGCAUUAGGAGCUGCAAGAGGUUUACUAUAUCUACAUGAGCAGUGUGAUCCCAAGAUUAUCCACAGGGAUGUGAAGGCUGCUAACAUAUUGCUCGACGAUGACUGUGAGGCUGUUGUGGGAGAUUUUGGAUUGGCAAAGCUUUUGGAUCAUCGCGAUUCACAUGUCACAACUGCAGUUAGGGGAACUGUAGGACAUAUAGCUCCUGAGUAUCUCUCUACAGGACAGUCCUCUGAUAAAACAGAUGUUUUCGGGUUUGGCAUUCUCCUGCUAGAGUUGAUAUCUGGCCAAAGAGCUCUUGAAUUUGGAAAAGCAGCAAAUCAGAAAGGCGCUAUGCUUGAUUGGGUAAAGAAGAUUCACCAGGAGAAAAAGCUUGACAUGCUGGUGAGCAAAGACUUAAAGGACAAAUAUGAUCGGAUCGAGCUCGAGGAAAUGGUACAAGUAGCUCUGAUAUGCACUCAGUAUCACCCUAGUCAUAGACCAAAGAUGUCGGAAGUGGUAAGAAUGCUCGAAGGAGACGGACUCGCAGAGAAAUGGGAAGCUUCUCAAAGAGCGGAAUCUACCCGAUGCAGAGCCAAUGAAUUCUCCUCUUCGGAAAGAUAUUCUGAUCUUACUGAUGAUUCUUCAUUGCUUGUCCAAGCAAUGGAACUAUCAGGGCCAAGGUGAUAUAGAAAACAACACGGUCGAUUAGAUGAAGCAAAAAAGGGCAUCUGAGAUACAGAACGCUCGAGUAAUAACGGUAUGUUGUUGAGCUUGUUUUUUCCUUUUGGUAACUGAGAAAUCCUCGAGGGUCAGUCGCACACGGUUAUAACUCGAUGGAUGAUAGACCACCCUUACCUCUACCCUUCUCCACUUAAAUACCAGACUUUUGUCUGCUGUAGGAUAGGAUUUGGUUGAGUCUGUAUAUAUGAUCAUAUGGAAGCUGCAUAAAGGAAUGCGAUAUUUACCGACUGUAUAGGAAAAAGAUUUAUGAGCAACUGACCUUUAGGCUCCCCCCCCACCCCCACUCCCCUUUCUGGUUUUGAGUGAUGUUACCUUGAGCUUGUAAGAAUAAUAUAUGUUGAAAUUAAAUUUCUGCUUACAAAAUAUUUCUCAUUGAAUACCAUUGUUCAAUGAGAUUAACAUAACUUUGAGAUAAACCACCAAAGUUUCACUCCAUUUAAGAACAGGCAUGAAAUAUAAGAACCAUUUUCACUUAGCAUAUUGAAACAUAUUAGUAAAAAACAUCCAUCCAAAUUCACUUAUGUUCCCAAACUGAUGGAGUCUUCACAGUGGUAAAUGCAACACAGACUUACUGCUACAUCAAUGUUCGUUUCUAUUUACGCUUUCAACUUCGAAAACAUAUUAACAAAAGAUGAAACAAGAUCGUGAUAACUGAUACAGAUACUAAUCUACUGUAUACACAACUUUUGCUUUAGAUGACGCCCGCUUAAAUCUUUUUAUCUCUAAGAGUACUUCAAGAGAUUUUUUAACUUCCAUUCCGCGGGGCUCGAUUACCAUUUUGACCAGUACUGGAGACUUUGCCAGUAAAACCUUGAUAAGUUGGAUUUCAGCUGGUGCUCCUGCUAAAUUGUUAAAUCUUUAUCAGCAGAAAUUUAGUAUUGAAGAUCUAAUGAACAAGCAAAAUAAGAAAGUAAUUGAAUAAAAAAAAACACAUAAAAGAGAAAGAAAUGUCCUUGGGGAUGACUCGGUUGGUUAGUUGGUUUGGUGGGUGGUUAUCCACACAGAUGACCCGGAUUCGCUCCCCCCUCAACGCCUAAUGAGUCAGUCUAUCGCAUCGGGCUUGCCUAGUGCGGUUUACAUUCUCUAUGUGGUUUACAGGCUAUUACAUAAUUGGGGAGGGGUGGGGGGUUACCUAGUGCGCACAAAGUGCUCACGCGAAGGGCAGAGACUGUGACAGAGGUUGCAGUGGUUGCGGGUUAUUCUGGGGUUCCAA